CAAAAACGAUCUCAGCCAGUUGUUCCCUCGAACUGAACCAGCAUGGACUUCACUGACAAAGUGGUGCUGGUGACGGGCGCGAGCGCCGGCAUCGGCGAGUCGACGGCGCUGCUGUUCGCCGCGCUGGGCGCGAAGCUGUCGCUCGUGGGCAGGAAUGAAGGCAAGCUGCGCGCCGUGGCGGCCGCGUGCCACAAGCUGCGGGGGCUGCAGCCGCUGCCCAUCGUCGCGGACCUCGGCACCGACGAGGGCGUCGAAAAAACGGCCAAGGAAACACUUGAUCACUUUGGGAGGCUAGACGUCCUGGUGAACAAUGCGGCCGUGGGUGCGCGGACCAACAUCCAGCUGGCCACCAUGGAAGACUUCGACCGCGUGUUCAACGUGAACAUCCGAGGAGUGUACAACCUGACGCGGCUGCUGGUGCCCGCGCUCAUCCAGUCCAAGGGGAACAUCGUCAACGUGUCCAGCAUCAUGGCGACCAUGGUCACCACGGGGAACCUGCCCUAUAGUCUUUCCAAGGCUGCUCUGGACCACUUCAGCCGUUUAAUUGCUUACGAGUUGGCGCCUAAAGGAGUACGCGUUAACGUUGUCAGUCCUGGCAUAACAGUAAGCACCUUCGUCCAACGCUUAACCGGCUACUCGGAUGAAGAGUACCGGGCGUGGCUGAAAACUGCUGAAGGCACGAUUCCUAUGGGAACAGCUACUACUGGGGACGACUGCGCUCAGAUGAUAGUGCAGCUGGCCAGCAAUGAAGCCAGUAGAGUGGUCACUGGCGCCGUGGUGCCAGUCGACGGCGCUCUGCAGUUUGCUGGCUCGGGCAACAGUGAGAUUUUGAAGGAUCAGGUUAAAUGAAGUGUGUUUUGUUA